UUUACGACGCCGCUUUUGACAUGCGGCGGGCGGCUUAGGGUCUUCAUCAAAAUGGCUGCUUCUGCUGUUGUUUGCGGAUGAAGAACGAGCUGCGACUGACGUCCGACGAAAACACGUCAAAAGCCCUCAACCUCGAAACUCCCGGAAGCCAAGGACGUCAUUCUCCCGAGGGCGCAGUGAUAAGCCGCCAUCAUGGAUACCACCACAUCCAUCAAGAUGACCACUUUGGCCAUCCAGAAGCUCUUUGGCCACGUGGAGGACGAGAACCUGACCGCGCUCAGAGACCACCUGGACCGCUUCAAGGAAGUGGACGGACGCAGCGACAACGGGCAGACGCCUCUGAUGCUGGCGGCCGAGCAGGGCAGCUUGGACAUCGUACAGGAGCUCAUCCGGCGCGGCGCUAAUGUCAACCUCGAUGACGUGGACUGCUGGUCGGCGCUGAUCUCGGCCGCUAAAGAAGGUCACGUGGAGGUGGUGAAGGAGCUUCUGGAGAACAGCGCCUACAUCGAGCACCGCGACGUGGGAGGCUGGACGGCGCUCAUGUGGGCUUCGUACAAGGGUCGCGUGGAAGUGGCCAGGGUUUUGCUGGAGCACGGCGCCAACCCCAACACCACCGGUCAGCAGUACAGCGUGUACCCCAUUAUCUGGGCGUCUGGACGAGGACACGCCGAGGUGGUGAAGCUCUUGUUGGACGGCGGCGCCAAAGUCAACUGUUCUGAUAAGUACGGGACGACGUCUCUGAUCUGGGCGGCGAGAAAAGGCCACUUGGAUUGCGUUAUGCACCUUCUGGAGAACGGCGCCGACGUGGACCAGGAUGGAGCGAACUCCAUGACGGCGCUGAUCGUGGCGGUGAAGGGCGGCUUCACCGAGGUGGUGAAGGAACUCCUCAAGAGGAACCCCAACGUCAACAUGACAGACAAAGACGGCAACACGGCGCUGAUGAUCGCCGCCAAGGAAGGCUACACUGAAAUCGUGCAGGACCUCCUGGACGCCGGGACCUACGUCAACAUUCCCGACAGGAGCGGCGACACGGUCUUGAUCGGGGCGGUGAGGGGCGGUCACGUGGAGAUCGUCAGAGCGCUGCUGCACAAGUACGCCGACAUCGACAUUAGAGGACAGGAGAGCAAGACGGCGCUGUACUGGGCGGUGGAGAAAGGCAACGCCUCCACGGUGCGCGACAUCCUGCAGUGUAACCCCGACACAGAGACGUGCACCAAGGACGGCGAGACGCCUCUGAUCAAAGCCACCAAGAUGAGGAGCAUCGAAAUCGUGGAGAUGCUGCUGGACAAGGGCGCCAAAGUGUCGGCCGUCGACAAGAGAGGAGACACGCCACUGCACAUCGCCAUCCGGGGGCGGAGCCGGCGAUUGGCCGAGCUGCUCCUGAGGAACCCCAAAGACGGCCGCCUGCUUUAUCGGCCCAACAAGGCGGGCGAGACGCCCUACAACAUCGACUGCAGCCACCAGAAGAGCAUCCUCACGCAGAUCUUUGGCGCGCGUCACCUGUCACCCACAGAGUCAGACGGCGACAUGCUGGGCUACGACCUGUAUAGCUCGGCCUUGGCCGACAUCCUCAGCGAGCCCACCAUGCGGCCCCCCAUCUGCGUGGGUCUCUACGCGCAGUGGGGCAGCGGAAAGUCCUUCCUGCUCAAGAAGCUUGAGGACGAGAUGAAGACAUUCGCGGGGCAACAGAUGGAGCCGCUCCUGGGUUUGUCGUGGCUGGCAGCCAUCUUGUCGUUGCUGGCAUGCGGCACGGUGGCGCUGGCGCUGGGUGCGGCGUUGGACCCCAAGCUGGCCGCCGCCGUCUCGCUCAGCCUGCUGGCGCUGCUCUACGUCUUCUUCGUGGUGGUGUACUUCGGGGGCCGGCGGGAGGGGGACAACUGGAACUGGGCCUGGAUCCUCAGCAACCGGCUGGCUCGUCACCUGGGCUACCUGGAGCUCCUCCUUAAGCUCGUCUUCGUCAACCCGCCGGAGCUUCCGGAGCAGAGCGCGCGGGCGCUGCCCGUCAGGUUUCUGUUCACAGAUUACAACCGACUGUCGAGCGUGGGCGGCGAGACAUCCAUGGCGGAAAUGAUCGCCACGCUGUCUGACGCCUGCGAGAGGGAGUUCGGCUUCCUCGCCACUCGGCUCUUCAGGGUCUUCAAAACGGACGAGACGCAAGGAAAGAGCAAGUGGAAGAAGACGUGCUGCGUCCCGUCCUUCGCGCUCUUCGCGCUGGUGUCGGCCUGCCUGGCGAGCGGCCUGGCGCUGAUGGCCGUCUUCGGGCCGGGCGGCGACAACCCCACGGUGGACGGCGUCCUGAUGGCGCUGGGCGGCGUGGUGGGCGCAGCCCUCCUGCUCAACUGCCGCACCUGGUGGCGGGUGUCCGACUCGGUGCUCAACUCGCAGAGGAAGCGGCUGCACGGCGCCGCCAACAAGAUGCACAAGCUCAAGAGCGAAGGCUUCAUGAAGGUUCUGAAGAGCGAAGUGGAGCUAAUGGCCAAGAUGGCCAAGACCAUUGACGGCUUCACUCAACAGCAGACCCGCUUGGCUGUGGUCAUCGACAGCUUGGACUCGUGUGAGCAAGAUAAAGUACUGCAGAUGCUGGAUACGGUGCGCGUCCUGUUCUCCAAAGGUCCCUUCAUCGCCAUCUUCGCCAGCGACCCACACAUUAUCAUCAAGGCCAUCAACCAGAACCUCAACAGCGUCCUGCGCGACUUUGUCAACGGCCACGACUACAUGAGGAACAUCGUCCACUUGCCCGUCUUCCUCAACAGCAGAGGUCUGUCCUGCGCCAGGAAAAUGGGCGCUUCCGCCGGCGCGCCCGCCAACGGUGACGCCGAGGGGUGGCACGAGGAACUGGACAGGAAGUUGUCGCAGCACAGCUUGGGAGAACUCACCAAAUUGGGCAGCAAGAGCACGCUCAACCGCCGAGACACGUACCGGCGACGCCAAGUCCAGCGCUCAGCGACCCGUCAGAUGUCGUUCGAUUUGACCAAGCUGAUGGUGGCCGAAGACUGGUUCGCCGACAUCAGCCCGCAGAGCAUGAGGAGACUCCUCAACAUCGUCUCGGUCACGGGUCGUCUGCUGCGAGCCAAUCAGAUCUCAUUCAAUUGGGACCGCCUGGCGUCGUGGAUCAACCUGACGGAACAGUGGCCGUACCGCACGUCCUGGCUGAUCCUCUACCUGGAGGAAAGCGAAGGUGUUCCUGACCAGGCCACGCUCAAACACGUAUACGAAAGGGUGCUGGCGAGCAUCCCGAGCACCAAAGACGUGGAACCUCUGCUGGAGAUCGACGGCGACGUGCGCGCCUUCGAAGUCUUCCUGUCGUCGCGCGCGCCCGUCUUGACCGCCAGGGACAUUCGCACUUUCCUGCCUUGCACCGUCAACCUGGACCCCAAACUGCGGGAAAUCAUAGCUGACGUCCGCGCGGCCCGCGAGCAAGUGGGACUGGGCGAGGCGGUCUACCCGAUCACGCGGGAGGGCCGGCCCCGCCCCGUGUCCGCGUACAGUCAGGUGUCGUCGGCGUGCUCGCCGUCGACCUCCUUCGGCGGACCCUUCGACCCCCCGCCGGGGGGUGUGGUCUCGCCGCCUCACAGCGGGUACUACAGCGGCAUGUCCGGACCUCGACACCCCUUCUACAACAGGCCAUAUUUCCCCCCUCACUACCACCACCACCACCUUCACCAGCCGCUACGCGCGCCGGCGGCAGUCUACCCAUCACACUUCCAUCCUUGCACGCUCGUUAGAAGCGCCGCACACCGAAGAGGCUCCGCCUCCGUGGUUUCGGGGACCCCGCCCACCGUACUGAGCGCCAUGACAACGGACGGCGUGUGCGAGCGCGUGGGUCAAAUCCAGGGCAUUGACCGCACCAUGUUGGCUGCGUACACGGCGACCAUUAGGAAGGCCAACGUGAACGGCCGAGUCCUAUCGCAGUGCAACCUGGACGAGCUGAAGAAGGAGAUGAACAUGAACUUUGGAGACUGGCAGCUCUUCCGAGCUAGCGUGAUGGAAAUGCGGCAGACGGAGAGCCAGACGCUGUACGAGGAGACCGCCGACGAAGGAGGCGAGUCCGGCCGACGGGCUUCGGGGCCGCCGCGGGCCGACGACACGUCCCCGAUGUACAGCUUCACUCUGAGCUUCGAUGACCUCAGCGGCACGGGCCUGGAUGAGACGGUGCCGCCGCUUAAGCGCACCGCCGCCCCCUGGACGGGCGGCCCCCGGCGCGCCGGCAGCGUCAGCAGCCUCAACUCGCAGGAGUCCAGCAAUGACAUCGCCAAACUGACGGACAAACAGCAGGCCGAGUACCGCUGCGCCUACCAGGAGUACAUAUCGCAGAUGGCCCAACUGGAGGGCGGCGAUAAAGCGCUCCGGCCGCAGCACGGACACUCGGACGGCGCCGAGCAAGACGGGCGCAAGCGGGGCGGCAAGGCGACGGACGACGAAGCGCUGGGCCCCAUCCGGGAAGAAGACGAGAAGGCGUCUCGGUCCCCGCCGGCCCGAAAGACGUCGGCCGAACGAGGCGGCCUCUUCCCGGGCGGCCCUCGCUACCAGAAGCUGACCGACGACGACGAAGACUCCGAGGAGGCCAAAUCGGGCGUGCGCUCGCUGCCGCUGAAGGGCAAGGACUACCUGUCGGACGCCACGCUGGACAAGAAGGACUCGUCCGACUCGGGCGUGCGCUCCAACGAGAGCUCGCCCAACCACUCGCUGCAGGACGAGGAGGCCGAGCCGUCGCGGUCCGACUCCCUCCGGCGGGGUCCUCCCGCCCCAGCCGACGAGACCCGCAUGUCCAUCUGCAGCCCCGACGAGGCCUGGAACCUCAACCGCGCGCCCGGCAUCGUCACCGCCGUCAACAACAAUGUCCGGCAGGGCGGGCGCACCUCCGACGACGUCCCGCCCGCAACCCGUCCGGGCCCCGACAACGAGAACGUGCGCGUGGUCCACUUGAAGAGGGGCCUGAAACCGGGAGACCCCCCAGAGGUCUGCUCCCUGACGGCCGACGCCGUCGCCUUCGGAGACGAGCGCGAGAGCAUCCUGUGACUGACGGCGCCGCUCCCGAUCAAGGUCGGAAAAAUUUCCCAGUUCGGAACGUUCCACGCUGCGAAAAAUUGCAAUUGACAAAAAAAUGGAGAGACAGCCAGAACCAAAAGUGGUAUUUACCAAAAUCCAUUUUGCCAUGUGGCAUUUUUUUGCCAUGUGCCAAAAUGGAUUUUGCCAUGUGGCAUUUUUUUUUUGCUAUAUGGCAAAAAAGAUUUUGCCAUGUGGCAUUUUUUUUUUGCCAUGUGGCUUUUUUUUUUGCCAUGUGCCAAAAUGGAUUUUGCCAUGUGGCUUUUUUUUUUUUUUUUUUUGGCCAUGUGGCAUUUUCUUGCCAUGUGGCAAAAUGAGAUUUUGCCAUGUGGCAUUUUAUUUUUGCUAUAUAGCAUUUUCUUGCCAUGUGGCAAAAAUGAUUUUGCCAUGUGACAUUUUUUUUGCCAUGUGGCAAAAAUGAUUUUGCCACGUGGCAUUUUUUUGCCAUUUGGCAUUUUUUUUGCCAUAUGGCAAAAUUGAUUUUGCCAUGUGACAUUUUUUGGCAUGGAUGUGCAUGACCUGCCAAAAUGCCAUAUACCCCAAAAAAAUGCCAGACAUCAAAAUUCAUUUUUUCACAUGGCAAACAAAUGCCACAUGGCAAAAUCCCAUUUUGUCACAUACCAAAUACCACUUUUCGUUCUCGGCCCUGCUGAAAAAAUGGGCAUUUCCAAUUUCACUGAAUUUUACACCAGAUAAAAACUCGGUUAAUGUAUGGGUGUCAAACUGGCGGCCUGCCACAUUUUGUGUGGCCUGCAGAAGUCCAUGUGCAUCGACCACCUGCGUGAAGUUGGCCCUCCAUCAGACGCAAACUAUAUAAAAAUUAUGUCAAUCGUUACAAUUCUUUUAUAGGUCAAUAUGAGGUCAACCAGCCCCCCAUUUUGAUUAAAAAUGGCUAAUGGAUUUAUGCUUCGUUUUUGCUGUUAUUGUUUUUGAGCUAUUGAGACUCGCAGCCCCUGACUUCUUGCAAAAUGGACCCAAAUGGGCAGGGGUGCUGGAAGUCACUCACAGCAGGGGGUGCUGAGGAUCUUUUUUAGUUUUUACCAUCCAAAAACAGCCGUUUUGGUCCAAAUUUGUCCUGCUUGCGUGUUUUCUUGGGCGGGCACAAUGGCAGUACACACGCAUGCUGGAUAGUUUACGUACUACUACUAGGUCACUACAAAGACAGCAUUUUUCACUUUUUGUAAAGAAGAAAAUCGUUUUUUGCGCCAUGUUAACGCCACUUCUGUCAACAGUUAACUUUUCCGUUCCAAUAGCGCCUUACUCAACUUGACCUGGUAGCAGGCAAGGUGUCAGUUGGCGACCAUGUUAUUGACAAACAAAAACGUUUUCAACAUAUACAUUUAAUCUCCAAUGUUAAAUGUGCUAUUGUUUCAUUGUAGGUUUUUUUCCCCAUUUUUAUUUUUGACAAAAAUAAUCUACCAUAACUUUUUCUUUCUCCCCAACACCAGCAGCGACGGAGGGGCUACGAUUGACGUCAUCACUCAAAAUGAAUCCCUCAAAAACGAUAGCAAACGAAACUUUUCACAGCAUAAACAAUUGACACCAUUUUUAAUCAAAAUGGGGAGCUGGUUGACCUCAGAUUGACCAAUAAAAGAAUUGUAAAAUAUCUUAAAUGGUAGUAGCACAAACGAAACUUUUUUCCACGUUACACAAGCCCAAACGAUUGACAUUUUUAUAUAAAUUUGUCUUUCACAUAGGUGCAUCAACUUCACGUUCUUCACUAAAAUUAGUCAGAUUUCCAUUUUGCGUAAAUCAAGAGUAUUUCUUCUCAAAAAUGAUAAUUGUUUACAGAUUCCCCUUUCUUUUUGAAAAUUGUAAGAUGCAAAUGAAAAAUAAAUGCGCGAACGUUACAAAAUGAACCACUGAACACCUCGCGCUGUCAAUGGCAGCCAAUUGAUUUAAAAACACAUUGUGACAAAAAUGAGUUAGACGCCCCUGAAUAAGGAGUUAAAAAUGGCGCAUUUGUGAAAUUCCGUCACCCCAAUUCCAACGGACUUUCUCUAAUUUGAAAUACAGUGGUACCUCGACAUACAAUCGCUCCGACACAAUAUUUUCGACAUCCGACGUAAAAUUUGACUCGCAAUGUUUCUACAUCCGACGACAUGCUGGAAAUACGGCGACAUGACAGCACCGCAAACGAACGCACGGCAGAUUUUCUUGUCAGAAAUCAACACAGGUUUCAAAAAAGUUGGUACAGUUGGUGAAACAAGGAAAAAAGCGAUGCUUACCUUUGAAAUGAAGAUGCAAAUUAUAGAAAAAUAUGAGCGUGGGGUGCGCAUCCGUGAACUGGCUCAACAAUACAGCUUCACGGUCCGCGGUGCGUUCAGGUACGGCAAAAAGUGUCCGCCACAUUAAAAUCCCGAUUCAUUACAUUAUUUACAGGAAUAAUUAUUAUCAUUAUAUUAUUCCAAUUUAUAAUAAUUUAUUUGUUUUGCUAUGUUUAAUUGCUAUUUGUAGUAGUACCAGCAGUAUUUAUUAAGGAUUUAAUGGAGGUUUUUGGGCUGUGGAACGAAUUAAUUGCAUUAUAAUGUAUUCCUAUGGGAAAAUCCUGCUCGACAUAUGCCCGUUGACAUACAAACAAGGUCCUGGAACGAUUUAACUUCGUAUGUUGAGUAGGCCUGCAGCUAUCGAUUAUUUAAGUAGUCAAUUAAUCGAUGACCUAGUUAGUUCGAAUAAUAAUCAAAUAAUCGGAUAAGGAACAUAAAAAAUUCAAACGGUAUAAAAAAAAAAAAAAAAAAGAAUGAAGAUAUAUGUGCAACAAAAGAACAAUUGGCUAACAGGAGUCGCUAGUUUAAUUGCUAUAAAAUGCCAACGUGUUUUACAAUGCUCUUAACAAAUAGUUUAAACACAUAUUCCCACAAAGAACAGCUAAAUAUACCUUUAAACUAAAUGACGAAUGCAUUAAAAAAAAAAACAUUAGCUCAAACAAAAACUUAUGUUGGUCUUUACAGGGAGCAGCUGGAUUCAGCCAUGUGAAAUGAGACAGACUAGAGGGCAAUGUAUCCACCCAAAUCAAUAAAACCAAAUGCAAAAAACAAACCAUUACAACACCACUUUAAACGAAUACUCGAGGCAGCAAAAUUUAAAUUUUUUCUAAUCGAAUACUCGAGUUAAUCGAUUAAUCAUUGCAGCACUAAUGUAGAGGUACCACUGUGCAAGCUUUCUCGUCGUAAAUGUUUGCAUGGUUAGACGUCAAGUAAAACCGCGUUGUGCGAUUUGUGCUCGGUGUUGUUUUGAGUAGGGCGCCCCCAAGCGACGGCAACUAGAAUUUUCUUCAUUGUCAAAAGUCGAAAAGGUUCGACUUUCACGAAAAGAAAAAAAGAAUCAGUGGCAAAGGCCAAACGAUGUUAGAUGUCAAGAGUUGUACUUUCAAUAGCUUGCUUUUAUUUUGAAAUUCCAAAAUAUUGCUUUGCAUGCAAGUGUUUAAAAAAUAUUGAAAAUGUUCUGGAAAAAACGUCUAAAACUUUUAAGACUUGUGCUUUCCAUAGCUCGCUUUUAUUUUGAAAUUUCAAAAUACCGCUUUGCAUGCAAGUGUUUAAAAAAAAAAAAAAGCACCGAGACCACCUCCUUUCGUGUUUAGUGCAAAUGUAUUGGCAAAAAAAAUUGUAGACCAACGGUAGUGAUUGAUGCCCCGCCCCUUGUGACGUAUCAAUGUCGUGCUAAACCCCAGUGACGUCAAGCUGUCGUGAUGACGUGUAAACUGCAUGACCAUGUGACCGUAUGGAAAUAAAAACCAGAUGGUGUCGCA